UCUCAGGAACGAAGCAGGGGAACCUUUCUGCCAGGGUUUGGCUGAGGUGACCAGAUAGCCUUUUUCUUGGCUCCCAUGGGCGAAGUUCCUGACAUGUGCGUGCUUCUUGAGAAGAACAAAGUGAUUUAAGGCCUGAGUCAAGAUGAGCAACCCUCAAGACACUGGCAGAAAAAGCCCCAGUGAGACAGGAAGCUGGUUUAAGAUCCUGCUGGUUUCUGAUGUGUGAACUAGACGGCAGAGGCAGCACUGCUGACACGGAGCUUGCUUCUGCCGGGGCACCUGUGAGUGGGGCUGAGUCCCACAGCCAGGGCCCUUGUCUUCUCCUCCCUGGCUGAUGGAUCCCAAGGGGCUCCUCUCCCUAAGCCUUCUGCUGCUUCUGUCUCUGGUUUUUCAUCUGAGUGAGGCGACAGGUGGAAGCCAGAACUGCCGAGAGUCUUUCUGGCCACUGGGAAGGGAUAUAUCGUUCCCUCUGACAGAGAAGGCAGAAGAGAUAAACAAGAGCAUGAACAAAAGCAACCGCAUCCUUAUCACAAUAUCAAAAUCUCCAGAAGACUCCGUCAGGAGGAUAAUAAUGUCUCUCAGUCUACAUGAAGGGAGCUCAUCAGAUUACAUAGAGGAUGGGUAUCAGUUUCAUCUGGAAAACCUGAGCUUGGUGAUCCUGGGAAGCAAGAAGCAGCAUGAGGGGUGGUACUCCAUGAACCUGGAGGGAAACGGACAUAUCAAGUUAUUUUGUGUGCAGCUGAAGCUUUAUGGUAAUAAUGUCUCCACUCCAGAAAUUCAAGUGCUGAACAAAACCCAGGAGAAUGACAAUGGGACCUGCAGCUUGAUGAUAGCCUGCUCAGUGAAGCAGGGGGACCACGUGGCUUACAACUGGAGCGAGGAGGGCGGCACCCCCCUGCCCAGCCCACCCAACAGCUCCCAUCUGCUCUUCCUCACCCUCGGCCCCCAGCACGCUGACAACUUCUACAUCUGCACCGCGAGCAACUCUGUUAGCAGCCGCUCCCAGGCCUUCAAUCUGUGGAGCAACUGCAGGUCAGACCCCUCAGAACGAAGACAAUGGGGAUUGUAUUCUGGGCUGCUCUUAGGGGGCCUCGUGGGUGUCAUCUUAAUUCUCACCUUAAUUCUCGAAGUGGUAAUACUACUGUGGAGAAGAAGAGGUAAAGCAAAACGUUUUCAGCCAGCGAUGGAAGAAAAAAGCCUUACUAUCUAUGCCCAAGUCCAGAAAUCAGGUCCUCUUCAGAAGGAACCUGACCCCCAGCCAACUCAGGACCCCUGUACCACCAUUUACGUGGCUGCCACAGAGCCUGCUCCAGAGUCUGCCCCGGAACCCAAUCCCAUCACAGUCUAUGCCAGUGUGACGCUUCCAGAGAGCUGACACCCAAACCCAGUGAAGGGACUUUCUGAACAUGCAAAAACAAACUGAACACUGAAUGUGGCCACAGGCCCCAGGUCUUCUCAGACAGAUACUCCGCACAUCUGAACCCUUUGUUGGAUCAGCUCUCCGUUGAUGUAUCACCAUGCACGCUGGGAAACGGACAUGGCAAGGGUGGUUCCCAAGUGUUUAGCCUGCUCUGAAGCUGGCAUGGGCACAGAACAGAGAGCUCCUUGAUACAGCUGUUCAUCUUUGUGAUGUAGAAGACGAAAUGGAGGAUGUGAGAGCAGACUUCCGGACAGCUCGCUCUUUGCUAGUAUGGACAACACAAGUCAAAGAUGGGAACCAGAACAUCUAACAUCUCUCGCAGAUGGCUGACCACCAGCCACAAAGUCUGGAGCAGUUUACAUUUUGGCUGUCUAUACUUUAGUCUGAGACCUGAUCCUCACAACCUGCAGACCUGACUGAGGCUUUGUGCCUCAGCUUCUCUCUCUGUCUUUGAAUGAAGAGUGAAUGAAGGGUGAAGUUUUUAUUUUAUAUAUGUAAAACACUCAGGGAUAAUUCUAUAAAAGAAUGAAUAUUUUAUUUGCAGGAAGUAAGUAAAAAAUGGUAAACUUAAAGAAUGAUUUUUUUAAGGUCUCUGAGCUUUGCGCAAUAGGAUGGAAACCAUCUAAGAUUUUAAGGUACAGUUCUACAGAAAUAGCAUUCAAUUAUAAAGGAAAGUGGCCAGUGUUGGGUUAUGCUGUUACACAGUAACUUGGGAUUCUCAGAGGUACUUGUCCCUCGGGAGAUUUUUCACUUCCCAGGAUGACUUUUAAAUCUUAGUUCUCUGUUUACUCUGAGUGGUGAGCCUAGAGGUAGACACUUUCCACCCGACUUUGAGCCCAUUUUACAUCUCAGGCUUUAUGUGGAAUCUCAAGUCAGUCUAUGCAAAGUACCUCCUACUCCCUGAAUAUCUCUCCUUAUAUUAAAUUUAUCUUCAAGCAGAUAAUUAAAUUAUUUUGAUCCAACAGUU